AUGCAAGCUAUCAACGACACCGUUCAGUCCAUCGCUGAAAAAGUGGUUGGACCCACCAAAGUCCCCGGACCCCUGCGAGUAGGAGAAUUGGUACAUGAUAUGCAGAGACAUACUUUUGAUGCUCAUCAACAUAAACUUAGAGGUACUCAUGUAAAAUCUCUAGCAUUCGUCAAAAGAACAUUCACUGUCAGCCCCUCUCUUCCGCCAUACCUCCGCCACGGUCUUUUCUCAGAACCUGGUAAAUCCUAUAACUGUAUAGGAAGAUAUGCCAACGAACCUUCAUUCAUCCUUCCCGAUAACACCUCCGCACCUAGAGGUUUCAGCUUGAAAAUAUUCGACGUUAAUGGAGAACGUCUAUCUCCCUCGCCGGACGGAUCGACCAAUCAUGGAACGCAAGAUUUCUUAUUCAACAAUGCACCUAUAGUCGAACUUACCGAUUUGAAUACGACGAUCGAGAUCUUUGAAUUGAGAACGAAUUAUUUCGAUAGUCCUACAAAGCUUCAGGUUGAGUUGGCAAAAAGGAAUGAUAGAUUGAAACAGUUCGCUCCUGCAAUGUUACCCAAUGAAUAUGUGAUUGGAUCGACAUUUUAUUCUCAAUCCGCUUUCAAAUUCGGUCCUUACGCAUGUAAAUUCUCACUCAUCCCCAUCCACCCUUCCCAAGAACAAUACAAGAACCAAACUGUCCCCAAAGACUCAUCCACGACCUUCCAUCGAGAUCAUCUUCGAGAAUAUUACUCUGCGAACUCGACAGAGUACGCUUUCAGGGUCCAAUUCUGCUCGGAUCUGUCCAAUCAGCCAUUUGAAGAUGCGUCUGUAGAAUGGAAAGAAUCACUUGCACCAUGGUAUGAUCUAGCUAUGGUAAAGUUCGACAGACAAGAUACGUUCACCGAUGAGAGGAGGGUAUGGUGGGAAGAUACGAUUGGGUUAAGUCCAUGGGAUGGUCUCAAAGAUCAUAGACCGCUUGGAAGUAUCAAUAGAUUGAGACAUAAGGCUUAUGAGAUGUCGAGACAGUAUAAGGCGAAGGGGAAUCAGAGGGAGGGUUAUUUACCCCUUAGUGUGGAUGAUAUGCCGAAUUGA